CUAAAGGGGCCGUGCCAGCCCAGAGUACGCAGGAGUGCACAGGACCAACACGAGCCAGGCACCAUCCUCACCGCAUUACAAGGAACUGCUCGCUGUCAGUAAGGAAUAUAACAAUGCGUGAAAUUGUGCACCUCCAGGCUGGCCAGUGCGGUAACCAGAUCGGUGCCAAGUUUUGGGAAGUAAUCAGUGAUGAGCAUGGAAUUGACCCUACAGGCAGUUACCAUGGAGACAGCGACUUGCAACUAGAAAGGAUUAACGUAUAUUAUAAUGAAGCCACUGGAAAUAAGUAUGUACCCCGCGCAAUCCUUGUGGAUUUGGAACCUGGCACUAUGGAUUCUGUCAGAUCAGGACCAUUUGGACAAAUAUUUAGACCUGACAACUUUGUGUUUGGUCAGAGUGGUGCUGGAAAUAAUUGGGCCAAAGGUCAUUACACAGAAGGAGCAGAAUUGGUGGACUCUGUCCUGGACGUAGUGAGGAAAGAAUCUGAAAGCUGUGACUGCUUGCAGGGAUUUCAGCUCACACACUCCUUGGGUGGUGGCACUGGCUCUGGAAUGGGUACACUCCUUAUUAGCAAGAUCAGGGAAGAAUACCCCGACCGAAUCAUGAAUACAUUUAGCGUGAUGCCAUCUCCUAAAGUAUCGGACACUGUGGUUGAGCCAUACAAUGCUACACUCUCAGUGCACCAGUUGGUGGAAAACACAGAUGAAACCUAUUGCAUAGACAAUGAGGCCCUCUAUGAUAUCUGCUUCCGCACAUUAAAGUUAACCACUCCAACCUAUGGAGACCUCAAUCAUUUGGUUUCUGCUACAAUGAGUGGUGUAACAACCUGCCUUCGCUUUCCUGGGCAGCUCAAUGCAGAUUUGCGAAAACUGGCUGUGAACAUGGUGCCUUUCCCACGAUUGCACUUUUUUAUGCCUGGCUUUGCUCCUUUAACAAGCCGUGGAAGCCAGCAAUACCGUGCACUAACAGUGCCAGAGCUAACACAACAAAUGUUUGACUCUAAGAACAUGAUGGCAGCAUGCGAUCCUCGUCAUGGUCGCUAUCUUACAGUGGCAGCCAUCUUCCGAGGAAGAAUGUCUAUGAAAGAAGUAGAUGAGCAGAUGCUCAAUGUCCAGAAUAAGAACAGCAGCUAUUUUGUUGAAUGGAUCCCCAACAAUGUGAAAACUGCUGUAUGUGACAUUCCACCACGAGGCCUCAAAAUGUCUGCCACAUUUAUUGGCAACAGCACUGCUAUCCAAGAACUGUUCAAGAGAAUUUCAGAGCAGUUCACUGCCAUGUUCCGCCGCAAAGCUUUCUUGCACUGGUACACUGGUGAAGGCAUGGAUGAGAUGGAAUUCACGGAAGCUGAAAGCAACAUGAAUGACUUGGUUUCAGAAUAUCAGCAGUACCAAGAUGCCACAGCUGAUGAACAAGGGGAAUUCGAAGAGGAAGAAGGAGAAGAUGAAGCUUAAUGACAAGGAAGACUUAGAACUUUUUAGAAUGUUAAAAGGCACAGUUUACACAUUGCCAGUACAUUUGCCCACAGAUGUGUUCAAGCAUGCUUAUUCUCUGCCCCUGCCCCAUUUAUUUUCCCGUCAACAAAGCCAGAAGCAAAUAUUCUUAACUAUACCAAUGUCAAAGUAACCGUUGUCGUUUUAGAUCCCUUUCUAAUUUAUAAACAAUGCCCAAUACAAUGUUUAAGAUGAUGGUGGUAGAAGUGAUUUUGACGGCUUAGAUGUCUUUCACUGGAUGAGAUCAUAAAAGAAAAUGUGUGCUCA